AUGAGCGAAGAGAUUGAACCUUACAUAUCUAAGAAAUUCGAGAUCAUUUAGAAAUUAGGAAAAGGAGCUUAUGGAAUUGUAUGGAAGGCAAUUGAUAAGAAAUUGAAGCAAGUAUUUUUGUAUAUGAAAUUUCAAAUAGGUAGUUGCCUUAAAGAAAGUUUUUGAUGCUUUUCAUAAUGCCACAGAUGCUUAAAGAACAUUUAGAGAAGUAAUGUUUCUUUAGGAAUUGAAUGGACAUGAGAAUGUUGUGCGUUUACUCAAUAUAAUGAAAGCUGAGAAUAAUAAGGAUUUAUAUUUGGUUUUUGAUUAUAUGGAGACUGAUCUACAUGCAGUAAUAGUAAGAAGUUCAUUUUAAAGAUUAGCGUGCCAAUAUUUUAGAAGAAAUACAUAAGAAAUAUAUUGUAUAUUAAAUUUUGAAGGCUCUUAAAUUUAUACAUUCAGGGGAAUUAAUUCAUAGAGAUUUGAAACCAUCUAAUGUUCUUUUGAAUUCUGAAUGUUUAGUAAAGGUGGCAGAUUUUGGAUUAGCUAGAAGUUUGGUUUAGACUGAAGAUGAUGGUUAUAAUAAUAUCAUAUAUUUUUAUAGGGAUGGUUCUUCUCACUGAAUAUGUUGCUACUCGUUGGUAUCGUGCACCAGAAAUUUUACUUGGUUCAACAAAGUAUAGUAAGGCAGUAGAUAUGUGGUCUGUGGGUUGUAUAGUAGGAGAAUUGAUACUAGGUAGAGCUAUAUUUCCAGGAACAUCAUCUUUGAAUUAAAUUGAACGUAUAAUAGAAUUACUUGGAAAACCAAAAGCAGAUGAAUUAGAAUCAUUAGAUAGUCAAUUGGCCGCUAAUAUUCUAGCUUCAAUUAAUGCCUCGAAAAAGAAAUCAUUUGUUUAAUUCUUUACUGGAGCUACAGAAGAAGCUCUUGAUUUAAUUCGAAGAUUACUUUGUUAUAAUCCAAAAACAAGAUUAACAGCAGAAUAAGCUUUAAAACAUAGAUAUGUUAUAGAAUUCUCGUAGCCAGAUGAAGAAAUUGUAAGUUUGUAGCCAUUCAAAAUUUCGAUGAAUGAUAAUAAGAAAUUUACAAUAAAGGAAUAUCGUGAAUCUUUGUAUGCAGAUAUAUCUCAGAGAAAAAAGGAUCAACGUAAGAAAUGGUAGCUAAAGUAUUUGGCCUAGUUAGGUGUCAAUUUGGAGGAUGAGAAUGAUAAAAAGUACUCUAAUCCUUCUAUUUCAGACUAAAAAAUAAAGUACCUAGUCCAAAACGCCAAGACGAUAUGAUAGAUUUAAAUAAGGUUGAUGAUUCACAAUUGAUUUAUCAAUAACAAAUGUAACAACAAAUUCUGCAACAAAAAAAGAAUUAGAGACCCCAAUCUUAAUCUGGAAAUUAAGUCAGGUAACAUAGUCAAGAUGUAGCCAGAACUAUUUCUUAAGAAAAUUCAAUGUAAUAAAUUUAAAAUACAUAAUAAACUCAUCAUAAAUCAAAUUCAAUAGUUAUGAAUUCAAAUUAAUAUAAAUAAGGUUAUUAUUAUCCAUUUUAGUAACCAAAUAAUAAUUAGUAAUAGACUUAAAAGUAUAAUGGAAUUAAUAAAUCAGUAAAUAAUGUAGUUCAAUAAUAGAUGGGAAGAUCUUCAACAGGAUACUAUUAAAAAGUCAAUAAAAAAUGAUUUAUGCUUAAAAAAAUAUAAUUUAUAUAUAUAUAUAAAUGAAAACUUCAUACUUUUGGCGUAAUUAGAGAUUAUAAGUAAUGCCUUUGACUACUCCUCAAAAUAAAUCUAAAUUAGAAAAUAGAUUAAUUAAAACAAAAAAGUAACUAAGCUUUCAUGAAUAAGAGAAUUGGAAUGAUGAACAUAUAUUAAAAUAUCGAAAUCACUUGAAAGAUGUAAGAGAAUUAAAAUAAAAAUGGCAAUUUAUUGAUAGACCAAUGAAUGCUUCAGUAUCAGAAAAGGCUAAAUCUGAUAUUCUCGAUAUGGAAUAAUCAGUAAUCAUAUCAUAUAUAUAUAUAUAAUUAGAUACAACAUGUAUCUCUUGAAAAACCUAAAAAAAAGUUGAUUAUUCGUCCAUUUAGUUCCAAAUAGUAGAAAUUAUUAUCUUAAAUCUCACAAAUCUACAAUUUUUAAUCAUGUGCUAAUCGUUAAAAUAAAAUAAAACUCUAUUUAUAAUCUGAUGAUAAUUAUGCUAAUCGUUCAUUUAGAUAUUACAAGAAUUUUACAAAUUAUCUUAACUCAAUCAAAUGA